AAUCGGAAUGUAGCACGAAGGCUUUGUUUUUGCUUUGUUUAUGGAGAUUCGCAGGCCAAAUUAUUUUUCAUUUCUUCAAUUACGUGUAUCAAACUACAUAUAAACAUACGUUCAGAACAUUUCAUCAACAACUCAAUUAAAUUAUUUUCAAGCCUAUUAAUUAUGUAACGGGAUCACGAAAGCACUGCCAGUAGAAACAUAUAAAAAACGGCAGAGCUCUUCAAUCACUAAAUUGCAUGUUCUAUUGUACAGCCGUGCAGCAGCAGAACCCAGUAAACCGGAAUGCGAUUGAAAAAGCUGACUUUAAUUUUUAUUUUCUCUUCGGUGGUAUUAACAAUUUGUUGGAAUGAAAACGAUCUCAGUGAAAUUUCUAUUGCAUUCUUCAAUGCAAGCAGAGUUAGAUCUAUUGCUGUAAUUAAUUGUUUUCACGCGAAACAGAACAACUAUGUAUUGAAGACUUUAUUAGAAAAUAAAUUUUAUGUGCAAACGCUAUCGACUUUUGAAAAGUUUAACGUUUCGAGUAGGGGUAAGAGCGGAGUUGUGAUUGACGCCAGAUGCAAGAAAAUGUUCUCGACAUUGAUCGCGCAUAGUAGUUUAAACGCUUUCAUGCGUACAAAUAUUUACUGGUUAUUUUUGGAUGAAGUUCGAAACAACAUCGAGUAUCAGGAGGAUUCCGAAUGUACCAUACCACCAUCAAUACAUCAGAACUAUGAUAGAAGAUUUAGAUUUGUUGACGUGUUACCAACAAGUAAUGUAGUUAUUGGUGUGGCAGUUAUGAAACGAUGGAGAUUAUUCGCUGCUUAUAAACCUUUUUGGAAUGCAAAUGUGGUUUACAAAGAAAUCAUCUUUAACAAUCAAGAUUUAUUAGUUCCGCUAAACAUGCAAAAAGCUCUACUGAAUUUUGAUAAACAUGCGAAGAAAAGGAGAGAUCUGCAGGGAUUUGCAAUGCCAGCAGGAACAGCGAUAACAGCACCAGAAUUCUAUAAAGGAAUGGAAGAUCGAACUGAUGCUAUUCAUGACCUGUUCGCAAAGGCCAACUACCCAAUGAUAAAAGCCUUGAUGUAUGAUUUGAACUUUACUCUCGAUCUCAUACAAGUUGACAAGGUAGGUUGGAAAACUAACGGAACCUUUAGUGGAGUAAUGGGGAAGUUUGAAAAGAGAGUAAUCGAACUAGGUUGCCUGGGAGUACUGAUGAGAUCGGAAAGAAUGGAAGUAGUUGAUUACACUAUUGUUACACUUAUCAUCAAAUCAAGCAUUAUUUUCAAGCAACCACCGCUGUCUGUUGUAUCAAACAUAUUCAAGUUACCCUUCAGUGUUGGAGUAUGGUUAUGUUGCCUCGGGUUUGUGGUCAUAUAUUGGCUUACCCUGAUAGCUUUCAGGGCCAUAACUAAAACGGAGCCUUUCACCCCGUUGGAAUCGUUAACAUUCAUCAUCGGAACUAUGUGUCAACAAGGUUAUGACUUGCCUCCACAUUUCAAUGCGGCUAAAUUACUUUUCUUUUUCGCCAAACUGGCAAGCUUUUUCAUUUUUACCUCUUAUUCGGCUAGUAUCGUUGCACUCCUGCAAAGUCCAAGUCGUGCAAUAAACUCGGUUGCAGAUCUGGCCGUUUCUCCACUGAAGGCAGGAGCUAUGGAUACAGUUUACGGUUGGGUUUAUUACAAUGAAAGUAAAGAUCCUGCUGUGCAAGCGCUUUUCCGGAAAAAGAUAAGACCACAAGGAAAAAAGGCUUUUACCGAGGCUAACGUUGGGAUGAGACGUGUCAAGGAUGAGCUUUAUGCUUUUCAGAUUGAAGUAAAUGCUGCAUAUCAAUUGAUAAAAGAAACCUUCACCGAUCAAGAUACAUGCAAAAUUCAUGAACUGGAGACUAUCAAGUUACCGCCAUUUAGUAUACCAGUGCUAAAGGGGAGUAAAUAUCGAGAGUUGUUCCGCCAGAGACUAAUUCGCCAACGAGAGGUAGGCAUCAUCAAACGAUUUAACUUGAUUUGGAUUGCUCAAAAACCUCGAUGUGAAAACAGUUUCACCGCUUUUACAUCAGUUGGCCUAACAGAACUUCGAUACGCGUAUAUUUUCAUGGUUAUUGGUUGCGGAGCAGCGUUUGUUGUUUUAGUUGGGGAAGUUGUGUGGAAUAGGUGUAAAAGCAAGUAUAAAAACAAUGACGUUACUAUGCAAGAACACGAUGUUAGAACAGUCAUGUGUAAUCACAGAUACCAACAGAUGAAUUAUCAAGAUGGCAUGAUUAACUACUUACAUGCCAGAACAUACUUCAUAGCUACCUACUACACUGUAGAAAAUAUGUAGAGAGAAAAUCCUGAGCAGAAACCUGAUUAAAGUAGAAUCACUGUACACUAAAGUCGUUUUUGCGUGAGGAAUACGCAGCGCGUGAAAAUGCUCCUUAAUUAUUAGCAUAAAUGACUAGAAUCGAAUCACUAACAAUCUGCACUGAUGUCAAGAAUCCGGAGGAUUUGGACCAAUGGAAUAUAGAAAGGUACGGAGAUGGUUUGAGUCUCGGGUUUAAAGGGCUUCUCUUUUGUUAACAGUGAUGACGUAGAACUCCAAAAACAAUGCCCAAAAAUCAAUGUUCGGUGCAUUUUUUUCAAGAAAUUUUACAUGUUAUGGCAGUUUACGGCUGAAAAUGCCUACCUCCGCCGUUAAACAAUUCCGAACACAAUUCCAAAUGGCAUUUUCUUGUUUUUGGAGAUCUACGUCACAACCCCAACACAUGCUUCUGUUUACCUUUUUUUCGUUACUAAUACAGACAAAAUCUUCAUAUCCUUUGUAUACCUCAUUAGAUCUGGACCCCUUGACUACCUAUGCCUUGGGGUAAUCGCUGCGGCUCAACUUCUGUUUCCCUUUGUAUGAUUUGUAUGAUAAAAAGUGAUGUCGUGUACCUAUUCAUUUAUAUUAAUAAAAAACAAUAACAAACUCUGCGA